AUGAACAACUUCCUCAUCCUCUGCCUUCUCGUUUUGGUCGCCGUCGCCACCGCUCAAUUCUACGGACCAUACGGGCCUAGACCAUAUGGACCAUAUGGACCAUAUGGACGCUAUGGAGGCUAUGGAUACGGACGGCGCGGAUUCGGCUACGGACCACGACCAUACGGAUACGUACCAGGACUCCUCACCGCCGCUCUCCUCGGUUAA